UUGACACACAAACAAUAUUGCAUAAUGUAAUGUGGAUAUAAAUUAUGGGGUUUGGUCAUUCAUUUUUGCUUCAUAGGUAGUGCUGUUGAUUUGGGAAAUAAUAAUAUGGGGGAGUUCAAGCACUUGGUGAUUGUUAAGUUCAAGGAAGAUGUGGUUGUGGAUGAGAUUCUGAAAGGGCUGGAGAAUUUGGUUGCUGAGAUUGAUGCUGUUAAGUCCUUCGAAUGGGGACAGGAUCUGGAAAGCCAAGAGCUGCUUAGGCAGGGAUUUACCCAUGUCUUCGUGAUGACAUUCGACAAGAAGGAAGAUUAUGCUGUGUUUCAGAGCCACCCUAAACAUCUAGAAUUUUCAGCAGUAUUUUCAACAGUUAUAGAAAAGCUUGUGCUGCUUGAUUUUCCACCUACUCUUGUCAAGACACCACCCAAGGCAGCACCACCAGAAGCACCACCAGAGGCAUCACCAGCAUGAUCUAGAUGUGCUUCAAAAUUGCAAAUCUAUGGACUCCAUCAAAACAGAAUAUGAUGUAUGCUGUUGCUUGUGUGUUUUUUCCUUAAUUAAUGUUUGCUUGCUGUUUAAUUAUGGGAUAAGUCAAUGAGUUUGAAUGUAAUUUUCAACUUGUGUGGAAAUAUAUUAUGGUCAUUUUGCCUCUCAUGAAGACAUGAAGACAUGAAGACCUGAAGACAUGUAGCUUAAUUUCUGGGAUUUGGUUUCUAUCCACUUCACUAAUAUAAA